AUGCCCGACGUCACAAACAGCACCACCGGUCGCAAUGGCAAUGGAAAUGGCGCAAGCGUCAACCGCAAGCAGUCCAGUCCCAUGGCUCCUACGUUCAUGGUAUCUGCCCCCGGAAAGGUCAUUGUCUUUGGGGAGCACUCGGUUGUCUACGGCAAGGCCGCCGUCGCUGCUGCCAUCUCACUGCGAUCCUACCUCCACGUCACGACGCUUUCAAAGUCGAAACGAACCGUGUCCCUGCGUUUCCCAGACAUCGACCUCUUGCAUACCUGGAACAUUGACGACUUGCCCUGGAACGUGUUCCAGCAACCGUCCAAGAAGAAGUACUACUACUCUCUUGUCACCGAGCUUGAUCCCGACCUUUUGACCGCUCUCGACCCCCAUGUCGAGGUCAUCUCCCCGGACAGGGCCGAGGACAUUCGCCACAUCCACAGGAAUUCCGCCCGCGCGUUCCUUUACCUCUUUCUCUCUCUGGGGUCGCCCUCGUCUCCGGGAUGUCUGUACACGCUGCGAUCCACGAUACCGAUCGGCGCGGGCUUGGGAAGCAGUGCUUCGAUUGCCGUCUGCGUCUCGACCGCCCUCCUGAUCCAACUGCGGACGCUAUCCGGCCCGCACCCGGACCAACCUUCCGAGGAAGCGCGCCUGCAGAUCGAGCGCAUCAACCGAUGGGCGUUUGUGUACGAAAUGUGCAUCCACGGCACGCCGUCGGGGGUCGACAACACCGUGGCCACCCAAGGCAAGGCGGUCGUCUUUAGAAAAACCAGCGACCCGAAAUCGCCAGCCGUGCGGCCCCUGUGGGAUUUUCCCGAGCUGCCGCUGCUGCUGGUCGACACGAGGCAGCCGAAAUCGACGUUUAACCAGGUGGCCAAGGUGGCCAAGCUCAAAGCCGCCCACCCCAAGCUGGUCGGCUCGAUCCUGGACGCCAUGGACCAGGUAGCCGGCUCGGCGGCCCAGCUCAUCGCGGGCGGCGGGAAACUCGGCGAGCAAGGCGCAGACAGCCUGAGGCAGCUGGGCGAUCACAUGAGCAUCAACCACGGGCUCUUGGUCUCGCUCGGCGUGUCGCACCCGCGCCUGGAGAGGGUGCGGGAGCUGGUGGACCACGAGGGCAUCGGCUGGACAAAGCUCACGGGCGCCGGGGGCGGAGGCUGCUCCAUCACGCUGCUGCGCCCGGACGUGGCCCGGCAGGAGCUGGGCAGGCUGAAGGAGCGGCUGCACGCGGAGGGGUACGCAGACUUUGUGACGACGCUCGGCGGCGACGGCGUGGGCGUGCUGUGGCCGGCGGUGCUGAAGAACGGCAUGGACGAGGACGACGAGGGGGGCAUGGAGAUUGACGUGGACCUGUUUCUAAAUACCCAGGGCACCGAGGGGGUGGAGAGGCUGGUUGGGGUGCACGGCGACGGGGGGGAGCGAGAGGGAUGGAAGUUUUGGCAAGUCGAGGGGCCAUGA